UUUGCCGCAAGAAAGGGGGCAAGAUGCGUGUCUUGGGGCGCGCGCGUGUGGAUCGGCGGCGCUGGCUGGGGUGAGAGGCGCCCGCCCGGCCCUGCGCGCCUCCCCUCCCUCCGCGAAGUCGCCGCCUCGCCGCACGUCUGGUUGGGGGCCAUGGCUUCCCGUGCAAGGAGGGAGGAGAAGUCCGCUUGAAGGCGGCGGGAGAGGAGAGGAGAGGAGAGGACUCUGCGCUGCCGCCCAGGAGAGGAUUCGGCCAGCGCGCCUCGCAAGCUGCUGCCUCCAGAGCGCGCCGUCGCGAACAAAGUCCCUGCAGGCGAGGAAGCAGGUAAAGCCCAGCACGGGCAAGGAUCUGAGGGAGCAUGUGAGCGAAGAUCUCCUGGAGCACAGAGGUUGCUUGAAGAGAGAGUGGGAUCUGUAGCUGAUUGUGGUGGAGGAGGAUACUAUUACUACUACUACUACUACUACUACUACUACUGCUACUUCUAUACUGCUUUUCAACAACGUUUCCAAAGCAGUUUGCAUAGAAAAAUAAAUAAGAUGGUUCCCAAAAGCACCAAUAACUCAGCCUGUGAAUGAACAGGGAACAUUCGGGAGCCUAGAAGGUGCUGUCGGAGCCGGCGUUUUAUCCCUGAACUGGCUUAGUCAAUGCCACUGACUUGUGCCUCGACUUCUAUAACUCGCCAUGGCCAAAUUAGAGACCCUCUCCCUCCUCAGUGACCCCAGCUACCACAGCCAGGAAACAUUCCACUCUUUCGACCCCAGGCUCUCCGAACCCGCCCCCCAGGGCACUAUGGGAAGCGUUGGCAGCGGUGUGGCCAACGAACAAGAGUUUGCCAUGAAGAGCGUGGGCACCAGGACUCAGAACAGUAGCCGGCAGGUUGAUGGGUCCCGGAAUAACUACUCCACGCGGGAGAUCUCCAACCGCUACUCUGGAGAGGAGAAGACCUACAAGUCAGAAAAGAUCUCCAACUCCAUAUACAUCAACGGGGACCUGCGCAAGAGCGAGAAAGUCAAGGCGGACCUUUGCGGGAACGUUGCAGCCAACAAUGAGAAGAAUAUGCCACCUCCUCCCCAGUACAGAGAACCCAGUAACCCACCAAAGAUAUUGCCAAUCUCUGGGAAACUAGACCAGAGCAACGAGCCCUUAGUUAGACCUUCAGCCUUUAAACCAGUAGUCCCUAAAAACUUCCAUUCCAUGCAGAAUCUGUGCCCCCCACAGAACAAUGGGAUAACAGAGAACCGAAAGACCUUGAACCACACCAACAGCAAUAGCCCUUCCACAGUCAAAAGCGGCCUGGAGAAGCCCAGUCUUAACAGGACUAGCAACCAAGCAGGGGGCCUCUCCGAUUCUGGCCGCAACUCUUUGACAAGCUUGCCCACCUACGGCACAGGCUAUAGCCAGCACGUGGGCCCCAUGAGUGCUUCAACCAGCCACAUAAACCGCAUCGGAACGGCCUACGCGGACAAGAACAUCGUGGGAUACAAUGGGAUAUCUACCUCAGACAGCGGACGGUCUUCAAGCAAGAGCACAUCUUCGUUCAGUAGACUUAACCAUCUCAACGAAACGAUGCCUUUCCACUCUCCCUCAACGGAUGACAUCAUCCAGGACCUGGAAGAUAGGCUGUGGGAGAAAGAGCAGGAGGUCCUGCAGAUGAGGAGGAACCUGGACAAGAGCGAGGCAGCCAUUUACCAGGUCUUUGAGGAGAAGCAAAAGAUCUGGGAGCGAGAGAUGGAAGAUCUCCGGCAAAAUUACGCCAACAAACUUCAGCAAGUCUCCAAGAAGGCCCAGAGGGCCCAGCAAGCUUUGCAGCUCCAAAUCUUUAAGCUCCAGCAAGAGAAGAAGAAGCUCCAGGAUGACAUCGGACAACUGCUUCAGCAGCGGGAGGAGCUGGAGAAGAAGUUCGUUGCGUUCAAAAAAGAGCAGGCCGAAUUUCUUCCCAAGAUCGAGGAGACCAAGUGGGAGGUGUGCCAAAAGGCAGGUGAGAUCUCUCUGCUGAAGCAGCAGCUGAAGGACUCCCAAUCCGAUGUUUCCCAGAAACUUAACGAGAUAGUCGGGCUGCGGACCCAACUCAAGGAGGGCAAGAGCUUCCUCCGAGAGAAGGAAGAGCAAAUCUUGACCCUGAAGGACUCCUACAGCACCAAAAGCGUCAGCCUGGAGAUCUGUGAGAACGACCUGCAGAGGAAGAUGGGGGAGGUACAAAUGUUGAGGGAAAAACUGAGCCAGUGCGAGCUGGAGGUCUCCAACCUGAAGCAGACCUUGACUAACCUGGGGGGCCCCCACAGCCACUUCAACACGGAGCUCACCGAGAAACUGGCGAGGGACGCCUUGGCCUGCGAGAGCGAUGAGGCCAAGAUGAAACGGCAGAGCGAGGAAAGCCUCAGCGCCCUGAAGAAGGAGGUGGAGAGGCUGCAGGCGGAGUUGAAGGCCGAGCGCCAGCAGCGCGAGCAGCAGGUGGUGGACUUUGAGGAGGAGCGCCACACGUGGCAGGAGGAGAAGGAGAAGGUCAUCAAGUACCAGAAGCAGCUGCAGCUGAACUACGUGGAGAUGUACCAGAAGAACCAAAUCCUGGAGCACAAGAUGAACGAAAUGACCAGCAAGAUCACCAGCCCGCCACACACCGAAGAGAAAAAAACGUGGACUCCAUCCCGGCUGGAGAGGAUAGAGUCCACGGAGAUCUAAGGAAAAGGACCCAUUUAAAGUACGUUUCUCUUAUUACUGUGCAUGUCCUUCAGCCGGUGAUCUUCCUAAGGAGAAUAUGCUAUAUAACCAGCAGUUUCGGUUUCUUUGCACUGGGCCCCUCCAACGUGCUUUGGUGCUCUGCAGGUUAUUAAAACCAACGGUUACUCACAGGUGUGCUUCUGUGUGCAAGGGAUGACCAGAUACCAUUUUUUUGGUUUGUUUUGCUCGCUCCACUGAGAAGGGCCUCCUUACUGCCACCUGCUCCCUCCCUCAUCGGUUUUGUCUUCUGCUGAGGCUCAAACUACAUGCGAGUGGGAACUCAUGGCAUCUUCCAAAAAGUCUCCAUGGGGGUGGAAUAUUGACUGGGGCUCAUGGUGUGGGGGGAUGCAGGGUUCACUGUUUGCCCCAUGGUGAUCCCCUGACUCAAAUCCUGCUCCCCCUCAACUGCUGUUUGCUGCAGAGGGGGAAACGUCCAGGCACAAUGCCUGUGAGUCUUGCCCUCUGAGGCUUAGAGCAGCUUGGGGAUGUGCCUAUUGCAGGGUUUGCCAACCUUGGCUCCCCAGAUAUUGUCGGACUACAGCUCCCAUUAUCCCUUGCUACAGUGCCUGGGAUGGUGGGAGGUGCAGGCCAACAUCUGGAGACCCAAGUUUGAGAAGCCCUGGGCUAUUGGAUUGGACUCAAGGUAUGGAGGGAAAAUAUCCCCCCCCCCAUACCAUGGCCCUAGUCCAGAUCAGCACAUCUGUCCCAUCCACAACCCCCCAUAGCUGCUUUUGGGGAAAUGGAGGAGUCCCAGGAGUACUAAUCAUAGAACCCCAUGCCAUGAGUUUGACUCUCGUGCAGACUGGCAACCCCCCCCCAACCACCCUUCUUUCUUAAGGGCAUUACGGCCAUAUUGGCUGGUCGGGUUAACACUCUUGCGGUCCUUUCACUUGCAAGCCUGCCUCAUCUUUGCCAUAUCCAGGGGCAUAUCUACAUCACAAGCUGGUUUAAUAGUGAUUCCUUCUCCGGGGGACCUAGGGAACUGCAGUUCCAUGACGGGCUAGGCAAGCUGCAACAGAGAAUUCUCAGCCCAUGCAGAAAACGACUGAAUUCCCUGGAUUCUUUGCAGGAAGCCAUGAUGGUUAAACCAGUACAAAAGCAAUAUAUGUUUGUGAGGUAGAUAUGCUUUGUGGGUGGGGGGUUGUCUAUAAAAGCCAACUCUUAACCCACAGCAAUGGGCUUCAUUUGUACCAUAUUUAGCCCGAUCCUUUUUACUUGGAAGCAGGUCCUGUUCCCUUCGACAGAACUUCCUUGCAGUUUUCUGGCUCUCACAGCACCCUAGCAUGUCGAUUGUACAAGAGGCAGGAGCUGUUCUUGGACUACAAUUCCCAUCACCUCCCACUGCAAUAAAUUGUGGCUGGGAACAAUGGGAAUUGUAGUCCAACAAUAGCUGGAAAGCCUCCGGUUGGUCAGCUCUGUACUAGAGGCUCUGUGGAAGGUAGAGAAGCACAUAUAAAGGCAAGGCUCACCUCUGCACAUGAACAACUUGCCUUGUGUAGUGUGAACUGGAGCUUGUGCCCUAAAGGCUGCAGCUGUUGCAUAAAUUACUCUCUCAGAGUUGGUCUGACUACGGUUGCCCACCCUCCAGGACUGACCUGGAACCUCCAGGAGUCGGCAUUAAGCUCCAGGUGACGGUUGAAAAUAAUCCUGGCAAUUUUAAUGGCUGGAUUUGGUGUGGAAUUUUGGAGAAGAAAAUCUCCAGGAGUCGCUUCAUUCAGAGAUGGCGACCCUAGCUGUGACCCAUUUCCAGACAGAGGGACCCUGAACUCCGGUGGAGUGAGUUGGCAUCAAUGGUUGACUCUGUGAACUGUGACUGUUGAGAUCACUGUUACACGGGCUUCGUUUUAAGUUUGUUUCUAGAUCAGCCCCCAUCCCAGUUGCUUGGAUUUAGCCAAGAGCAAGAAAUGAAAGACCAAAAGUAGCUGGGGGUGGAAAAGAGCAUUCUGGGGCAUUCAGACCCACCUCAUACACCUCCCUGAACCUCUUCCUCCCCUGAUACCUGCUUCCUCCAGGUUGGAUUAGGUAGCAGAACCAAGCACCCUCUAGGUUGUUGACGCUGUUCUGUUUCCCCGGAACAAAGUUAGGGUAGGAUUUUCUCUUCUCUUUUAUCUGUGGGAAAGUUGAGUUGCCCCAACAGAGAGGGAUUGGUGUUGGAGGUGCAAAGUUUCUAGACAUCGGUGUGUGUGUGUGUGUUUUUUUUUUCUGGGUUUUUCUUUCCCACUGAAAAUUGCUUUGAUCCAGCAAGGGAAAGGCACACAAACUAUUUAUGCUUGUGUGCAUCAGUUACAGCAAGGGUUCUCAAACCUCGGUCCCCAGGAGCAUUUCCAGACAGCAGGAUUUACUGCAAGUUUGAAUUUGUCCAAAAGAUACCAACGCAAAAAGUGGAUUUUUUUUAACCCUAGUCAUAAUUCAGGCUACACUAACACGCGAUGGCAACUCCAAAUCAUGUCUGAAGUGCUCCCUGAUAGCUCGCAGGGACUUCAGGGUAAAUCUGGCCGAUACAUGAACGCACACCCUCCAUUCUGGAGAAGCGAGCAAAAAGCCGCGUCUGGGAAUGCUCCAGAUGGUGUUAGAUGUUGUUAGACUCCACAUGAGCAACUCCACCUAGGCUUGCUCAGCCCUGUGUAGAUAGGGCUGCUCGUGUGGGAUCAAUCCUGAUCCCAGCACUGCCCUACUGUGUAGCCCGAGUUCUGUCCUCCUCUGGCUCCCAGCUUGGCUGCACGCUUUGGCUCCAAUUGUGGGCCGUGGUGAGCGGCAGAACCCUCAGAUGUGCUGGGAUCAUGUGCAGGGAAGCCUCCCUGCAAACCCUCCCCGGCUCCUAGAAGAACGUUUGUGUGAACGACCUUAUCAAUUCCCGUCCUCUGCAAUGGGCAAAGGCCAUGGUGAGCAAAUAGCCUUUGGCUGUUGUGGCAGGGGAUUAUGGGAAUGGUAGUCAAAUAAGAUCUGCACGUUUGAAAACCCUAACUGCAUCAGAAACUACUCACACUGACUGAAAGCUGAGGUUUUUAUUGGAAAGUAUGUCAGGGCAUUGAUGCACACAGCUGCAUCUGGAUUGGGGCCAUUAACAUUGCCGGCGGGGAGGGGCUUUGUGGCAUUUGGAAUGAAGCUCCUAGAGAAUAAUAAAGGUAUUUGGGCAAGAUACAUGGCCGGUGGGUGGGGGGGGGGAGCUGUGUAUAAUCCGUGCCAUUGGACUGAACUGCUUGGAUUCAGGCUGAUGUGAUUCCAUUGAUGGAACGGGAGAUGAACUGGCUUAAACCCCAGUGCUUUGCCUUAACUGAGCUGCUGAACCAGUUGUUCAAAGCCUUGUGAAUCAAAAUCAUUUAAAAAGUAAAUAAAGUAUAACAGAAGUGAGAGAGAUUCCCUCCUACAACCUUGGAGAAGCUGCUGCCAGUCUGUGUAGACAAUACUGUUCUAGAUGGACCAAGGGUCUGACUCGGUAGAAGGCAGCUUCCAAUGUUCCAGAGACUAACUGGCCAAACUUGGAGAUGGUAUUAAGACUAACUCAGUGGUUGAAGCCAAAUUAAACCUGAUGGUUUAAAAACAAAGAAAAGGAAGAUGUCUGUUUCUCUCCAUGUGACUGUCCCAUUCACAUAUAAAAUGGAGGUCUCAUUUUUUUACACCACAAGAGAAGGGCAGGUGAGGGGAACUGAACUCUGCUUCUCUCACUGGGAGUUGUAGUCCAACAAUAUCUGGGACCCAGGUGUGGGAAACUCUGCCUAACUGUAUCAGAAACUACUCCCAGAGACUGGAAACUGAGGCACAACCAAGUGGUAGGGGUGUGUGUGUGUGUUCUGUUUUGUUUUAACACCAUAGAAAGAAGGUCAGAUGACAGGAACUUAACUCCACUUGUGGAUUUCCCCUUCAUCUCCCUGUGCCACAUCCAUUCAAGCAUUUUUCUCCUGGAAUGGAAGCCAAGCUGGUGGAAAGCCUGAGGUAACAGAGUGUAGGGCAGUAAGUCCUAGUGAGGGUCUAGCUCCCCUCGCUUGCUUGCCCCUUCUGGUGUUAAAAAAAAGUAGAACCCCAACCUGCUGCCAUUUGCCUGUGAAUGGGGCAAAACCAGAAACAAAUAUGGCGGCUAGUUGAGCCCUCCAGCUUGUACCCUUAGCUGGGAAGCCCGAGGUGUCUGUUCAAGUCACAGCCCUAGAUGAGGAACUGCCACCUUGAGGGUACUGCAGGCUUCUAGUCAUGCUGAGGCAAAGGCUCCUACAUCUGAAGACUAGUCCAAUCAACCACCAAGAAAACAAGAAACACUGCAGAAUCUCUCAGUCAUUGCCAGAAAACAGACGAUAGAGGUGUUAGGUUUGUGGUAGUAGCCAUCUUGAGAGACAUCCAGUCAAUACAACCAAGACAGAAAGCUAAGGAGAAUGAGUUUCAUCAGCUGGCUGAAACCUUGCGGCUCCAUUUUUGAGACGUUUUAGCCAGCGCUAUGCUCCCAGUCUGGUGAGGAAUGCCUCUCCCUGCCUUUGCAAGUAGGGAGAAGUCAUCUCGGCCAUGCUGGGAGCUCAGCGCUGGCUGGAUUUUACUUCCAAAUGGGGUGUGCAGCCCUGUUUGCUAGUGUUGCCAUGCCCCCUGCGUCUGAUGUCAGAUGCUGGGGCGUGGCUGGGGCGCCAGGCACAGUUCCUGGGGUGUGGCGGCCCGGGUUCUUUGAACCCAUUCGCACAAUGGACACUACACCCCUGGAUCUGACUGGGAGUUAAGUCUUCGCUGAGGUCUUGGUGACUUUAGUUGGGCAUCCAUGAUGAUGGCAGAGUUCUUGAGAGACUGGAUUUGCUGUUUGAGGCAGUGUUUUGCUGGCAUCCCUCAAUCAGGCCAGAGUGUCUGCCCUUUCCCACACUCUCUAAUGGACCUUCUUAUCUGCUCCAGAGUGGGAAAGGAAUGAGGCCUACCCAAGUCUGCUAAAAACAAAUUAUUCUUACAGAUGGAAGUGGGAUUGAGCUCUGGGUACUUACAUUGAAGAGGUGCCACCCAAAGCAGUUGCUUAGGGUGAUGUUGCUUGCAUUUCAGGAAGAUUUUAGCAUUGGUGUGCACAUUAACUGGAGUGGGGGGAAAGAAUGGCAUUUUCCCAGCAACAAAAUAUUGCAAGUUCAGUAUUGGGAAAAUGUGCUAUUUCUCUACAAUAGAAUCAAUGCCUGAAAAAAUGAUUUUUGGAGCCUGCUUUGCCCUACAAAGAAAGUCUUGUUUCCUUUUUUUAAAAUCCUGUUGAGGUUCAUUUAACUAAUAUGGCUAACAACAGUCAUUGACCAACCUAUUCUUCUCCAUUAAUGUGUCCAAUUCCUCUUUAAAGCCAGUGGCCAUUAUCACAUCUUGUGGCAGUAAAUUCCAUAAGCUAAUAAUGAAUUCUGUUUUGAAAGGCUUUAUUUUGUCUACUGCCAUCAGUUUUAUUGGGGUCCAAUACUAGACUUAGUUUUAUUAGAGGAAGAGAAAAAAAUUCGCUCUGAGCUUUGUACAAUGACUAGGGGAUUUCUGACAAAGAACUCUUGGCAUUCAGCUUCUGUUUGUAGUGCAGAUGUGCCCUUGGAGCUUCCACAACAAAGCAGCAACAACUGCUUUGUGCUAUGAGUUGUCUAUAAAGGACCUCCCUUCUAAUCUCCUUUCAUAAUCCAUAUUUUGGCUCACCUCUAUAGCAGGAGGUGCAUAAUGGCUUCAUUUUGAGUUUUAUGUACUCCUUUGCAUUGAACUAGAUACCUGAAGUUAGCCAUUUCCUUUUCACAAACCUUUCCGAUCUGUAGCCACAGCAUUGAAAUGCAGUCACUUCCUGAUACUGAAACUACAAAUGAUACCUUCAAAUGCACGUGGACCGAGUCCAGACAUAAGGACAAACCAUGGUUUAUUGUUAUGUUCAGAAGCCAGCAUAAAUCUUGGUUUUGCAUGUGGAGAGGAGAUUAAAACUUCUGUUCCUGGUGUAUUAUAAACUAAUUUCCUGUUUUGUCCAAAUUUGGAAAAUCAGUGACAGGAUAUCAAAUCAGGGUCUGAUUCUAGCUUGAUAUACUAUCUUAAGUAACUGUGGUUUGUUCAAAGCACGAUUUCCCAAUCUGGGACAAAACGGGAAAUGGCUAUUUGAAACAAAUGUGAAACAGACAUUUUAACCCUGGUGCUCUCUCUUUCUGUGUGUUUGAGCCGCAUGGUUUGAUCAUUUGCCAGGUUGAACCACAUGGGCUGGUCAUUCACUGAAGAUCCCAACCUGGUGAAUGACCAGCCCAUGCAACUCAACCCUAUGAAUGGACAGUCUGCCCGGUUCAAGCAGAGGCGGGGGGGGGCAGCCGGGGCGGGGUGGAGCCGGGGCAGGGUGAGUGAAAGAAAGAUGCUGCACCCACCUGCCCCACCUUCUGCCCCUCCAAGAGAAAGAGGACAUGAGCCCAAGUUCAAGCCAGAUCAUGCUUGUAACCACAAACUCUGAUUUGUUGCGUCUCAACCGAGCCACAGACUAUAAAAACAUAAUCAUAGAUUUUAAAACUCAAACCGUAAGUCACUCUGUAAUGGUGCCCAGAAUCUACUGCCUGCGACACUUGUCCCUCUCUGCCUAAUGGUAGGGCUGCCCCCAGCCAGCAAACAAUGUCAUUGCGAGCAUCCAACUGGAGGAGAAUCACUGCUGGGUAUUCUGUAAUGUGGAAGUGCUUAUUAACUGAAAUAGGAGCAAAUUAUUCACUUAUAUGCUGCUAAGUUAUACAGAGACAAGUGUACUUGGAUGUAAAUAACUGUUCUGUAUAUGUAUAUAUGAAUAUUAAAGGAAAACGCGCAUACAAAAAUAGAGAAAACUCUGUAACUGCGUUUUACAGUAAGAGCAGACAUUUACUGUCUAGAACUGAAUUUCUGACAAAAGAGACAAAAUCUUGGGGUGUUCUCAGAUGCCUCGCUGUGACUGCAUCUGGUAUUGGGGUCACUAUAUCUUCCCAGGAUUGCAACAUGGUGGUCUUGUUUUGAUGUGUGUUUUGUCUACCUGUUGAUAGUCUUGUAGAGGACCUGAGGGUUUAAGCUAUUUUGAAAUGUUGGUGGCUUGUUGCUUUGAACUGUGACUUUUUAAAAAAGUUCAUUUGAAGGAGGCCACGGAGUUCCCUCCAAUCUACUUCAGAGGUAUCCGAGCCUGGAAGGAAUCCCCAAGAAAGGUCAACCAAUUCCAUCAGAUGUGUUGUUGACUGAAAUGGCCAAGAAAGAUUACUUCAGAGGAUCCCUCCGUCGAAAUGGCACUUUAUAGUCUUUGCUUCCGAUUCCUGGCCAGUGUGACCAAAGACCUGAUUGGAGGAUCCUUAGGGAAGCAUUUGGAAACACCUCCCUGUAUCUGACAAUGCUGUAAUGUAGGCGGCUCUUAAGUUUAAAACUGAGACAGGAAACAAGGUGUGUAUUCUACCGCGAUCAUGUAACUCUGUGGGCUUACUGGCGGACAAAAUAGCUAAAAUCUCCAAUGUGGGUCCCUAGAUGGUGUUGGACUACAGCUCCCAUCCUCCUCGGCCACACUGGAAAGGCCAUUGUGGCGGAGGAUGAUGGGAGCUGUAGUCCAACACCAUCUAGGGACCCACAUUGGAGAACCCCUGGAAUAACCACUGACUUUUGCACAUGGUCAGUUAACCUGCGAGAGCACUUGGUCUGUUUUAAUCUCUAGUCAAUCAACCUCCUCUUGUCUGCCCAAACCUUGGCAGAUGCUUCCUGCACAUUUUCUGUUGUUUCUUUUCAUGACUAUGAGGGCUAAAUGUUUGCUCUUCUUUCAAGCAAAAGCUGAGAUUCUCAGGUAGCUAGAUGCUGCACCAGAUUCAGUCCCUCAGAGUCAUUUGCCGCGGCCGUAGGCCACUGGGUGGUAUGCCGCUGCGGACGGUCUGUGGCCUCCGACCCCAUGGCGAUUUGAGUUUGUGACAAAUCAUGCAUUCAGACCUGCUUUGCCACAUGCACAGCACUAUCUGGGCUGGAAGAGAAUGUCCAGCCCUGCACGGAUGUCAUGUGAAUUGGUCCAGGGUGUUGUCGACCCUUCCUCAAUUAAACAGUUGGGGAAACUGCUAGGCCAAGGAUAACUACAAGGAUGGCACUAUUUCAAAAUGCUAGUAUCCAGGGAAUAAUCACUGUGAUUUGAGCUAAGUGGACAGUAAGCCUUUUACUUCUUUAUCCCUCACAAGUUGAUUUGAGUGUAUGAGAGACUUUAGGAUGAGAGAGUCAUAUAUCUUUCCCAGUGUAUUUCUAUUGAAAAUUGUGCUGCUCUAGAUUCAAGGACCAGUCUCUAGGUCAAGGGAAAGCUGCACUCUUUUUUCUUUCUUUUUUUUAAUGAAUUCAAAAUUAUUAUUGUUUCAGAAGUGGCAAACGUUAGUGCAGGGGUGUCAAACUGCAGCCCUCCUGCAGAUGUUGGCCUACAACUCCCAUCAUCCCUGGCCCCUGUGGUUGGGCAUGAUGGGAGUUGUAAGCCAAGAACAUGUUGGGCCACAUUUUGACCCCCUGCCUUACCCUUUUCCCUAGGGCAGGGGCUCCCCUUUGGCUGCUAGAUCUUGUUGGACUAGAACUACCAUCAACCCCAGUCACAAUGUCCUUUGAUCAUUUUCCCUCACUUGGAGGAAGUUUCUCCACAAACUGCUAAUACAAAGACACAUCUUCUCACAAUCAGUGAGAAGAACUUUGGGUGGGUCUGCCAGGAGAGCGGGUUAACUUACCCCCACUGCACGCAAUCGCUGAGCCGCACCUGGGCAGCCAGAUCGGCUGCCCACACGAUUACUGGCUCCGUCACGGAGCCAGUUAGGGUGGCAGGGAUUGGGGGCCACUUGGCCCCCGAAAUUCCAGAAUGCCCCACACCAAAUUCUGGAAAUUCCAGAAUGUCCCACACUCUGGGGAGCACCCUGACGCUGGGAGGCUCGUAGCCUCCCAGUUGGGGGGUCCUUGUGAGUUGCCAUGGUGACUCAUGAUCAAGAAAAUGGGGUUAGCAGAGCACUCGCUCCACUAACCUCGUUUAAAGGCAGGGCUACUUUGGCGGGCUGGUCGCCGUUGAAGCACCAGCCUCACCUGUGAGCCCGGUGGUUCUCACAGUGGAGGAAAACUGGGCUCCUUUAGCCCAGUUUCCCUCCAUCUUGUGAAUAGCCUCAGAGAAUAAGAUAAGGAGCCUCCAACCUUUUCCUCCACGCUGGCUGAAUGAGAUCAGCAGCGUAGAGCCCUGGAGCCAAUAGGCCAACUCAUUCUCCAGCCUCAGUGUGGCUAACCAGAGGUCACAAGGCUGAUGUGAAUGGACCGUUGCUGGUGGCCAUCAAGCUGUAUCCAGUAGGCCUUUCUGAGGGUGAGCUGCACACCUAGCUCACCACUUAGGAAUACAAAGAAGAAUACAGAGAAUAUAUACCACAUUUCAACAAAAGUUCCCAAAGUGGUUUACAUUGAGAGAGAGAUGUAUGUAUGUAUGUAUGUAUAUGUAAAUAAAGAAAAUGGUCCCCUGUCCCCAAAGGGCUCACAAUCUAAAAAAGAAACAUAAGACACAUCAGCCACAGCCACUGGAGGGAUGCUGUGCUGGGGUUGGAUAGUGCCAGUUGCUCUCCCCCUGCUCAAUGAAGAGAAUCACCACUUUUUAAAAGGUGCCUCCUUGCUCAGUUAGCAGGGGUCAUCCCAUUAAGUAGAAGCACUUGGAACUACCCCCUCGCAAAGCUCCUCUAGCAAAGUGUGUUGCUGACUAUAUAAAUUAAAAAGUGAUAGAAACACUCUUCCUUAGCUUGAGCUUCUUCAAGGGGCUGGGUUGUGUAUGUCUGUGUAUAAUGUGAUAAAUCAAAAAUGUCACCCAGUUGUAGAAACGUCUAUCUGUUCUGCUUGGGCCCUUCGUGGGCAUGAGAUCCUGUUAAGUGGAAGCACAUUCAUAGGUGUUUGAACAAGUUGCCAGGGGAAUUCACACAUCCCUCAUUUCAUGAUGUCGGGGUUCUCCUAUGGGAGUCUCCAGAUGCUGGAGUACAACUCCUAUCACCCCCAGUGGCAAUGGCCAUAAAUUGUGGCUGGGGGUGAUGGGAGUUGUAGUCCAGCAACGUCUGGGGACAUGUAUGAGAGAACCCCUAGAACAUAUAACAUAAGAACAACCCUGCUGGAUCAGGCCCAAGAAUGCCCAUCCAGCCCAGCAUCCUGUUUCAGACAGUGGCCCACCAGAUGCCUCUGGGAAGCCCACGGGCAAGAGGUAUGUGCAGGCCCUCUCUCCUGCUGUUGCUUUCCCUGCAACUGGGAUUGAGAGGCAUUGCACCUCUGAGGCUGGAGAUGGCCCGCAGCCAUCAGACUAGUAGCCAUUGAUAGACCUGUCCUCCAUGAAUCUGUCUUAAGCCCCUUUUAAAGCCAUCCAAGCUGGUGGCCAUCACCACAUCCCAUGGCAAGGAAUUCCAUAGAUUAAUUAUGCACUGGGUGAAAAAGUACUUCUGCUUGUCGGUCCUAAAUUUCCCAACCCUGCAUUCUGAUUAGUAUGAGAACCCCUUCCAAUUAGAGUUGGAAGAUCCAGCUCCGAUUAGAAUGUGUCCAAAGGGCAAUUUCAGUGGCAUGCUCUCUUGGGUUUGACAAUCUGCACUGAACCAGGGGUUUCUCAAACUUGGAUCCCCAGAUGUUGUGGGGCUGUAACUCCCAUCAUUCCUAGCCACAGUGCUCAGAGAUUAUGGGAGUUGCAAUCCAACAACAUCUGGGCGACCCAGUUUGAGAAUCCCCAAAUUGCAAGAAAAGAGUUUGAAAAUAUGGACCUCAGAAAAGCGACUCUCCCUUCUCCCAGGCUGACCUGACAAUUUCUGCUGUGCAAAUUGCAGAGCUAGCAGUAGAUCUUCAACUUGCCCGUCCUGAAGUAGGGGCCAGACCGGAACGGUCCUCAGAGCAUCUCGACUGCAGCCAUUGCAUGUACAUGGGGCACCCUCCAAAGCCACCAGGUAGCCUGGGGCCUGGGGAUCAUCUGAGUGCUUCUCGUCUAGAAAAGCACAGAAGCCAGUUUAGCAUUUUUUCCUCCCUGACCAGACAUCAUGACUAGAACAUAAAGACGAGAGAAAGAGAGAGCAGUACACGUUUGAACCUGAAAUUGGAGCAGAAAAUCAGUUCCAUUUUGUCCCGGAAAUGGCAAUAAGGACUAGAUCAGGGGUGACCAACCUGAGGCCCUUCAGCUGUUGUGGGACUACAACUACAAUUCCCAUCGUCCCUAGCUAUAAUUGCAGCUUGGGGUGAUGGGAAUUGUAAUCCAACAACUGGAGAGCCUCAGGUUAGCCAUCUCUGACCUAGAUGCUGCUUUCUUCUUCUUCUUCACACAGGCUAGCUUCUCAACACAUUCCAUGCUAUGCUAUAAAGAAGAAAAGAAAGGUGUGACCAGGAAGGGUUGCUUUAGCCCAGCUCUGUAGUGUUUGAACAAUGCAGAGGGGGAUUGAUUGCUGCAGAAGUAGUUCCCAAUUAGAUGCCAUGCAAAUUAAUGCUGUAUUAAAAUGUUUCUGCAAACACCUAUGUAAAUCAGGAAAAAUAACUGCUGGGUGUAAAAAGGAUAUUUCUAUCACGUUACUAAAGGAACUGAUUUGAUAACAUAACCAGCAUGGGUAGCUAGGUAUGAAAGAGGAUGAUGCUCCUAUUCCUUUAAUAAUGGUGCAGAAAGGCAUUUCAGUAGGGGCUGCUGUUUUCAUCCCUGUAUGAAAAUACCUUCCCUCUUCCACGUAACGUGUAAAGGUACCACAACCCUGUUGUCCUUUGCGUCUGGACCAUCCUGCAAUGGUCUCUUUUGCAUGUGAUUUGGAACAGGCUCAGUAUUUCUGUAGAGACAGGACCAGACAUAAAACUUUGGGUUAGGAUCCAAGUUAUCGCCAGAGUAAAAGGAUAGUGGGAUACGUUGUCUACCAAAACAGAUUUCCGAGGUUGACAAGCCCUCUUCAGAUGUUAUACAAAAGGCGCUCUACGGGAGUAAAGUGUGCUGUCAAGCUGGUGUUGACUCCUGGCGACCACAGAGCCAUGUUGUCUGGUGGAAUACAGGAGGGGUUGACCAUUGCCUCCUCCCGUGCAGUGUGAGAUGAUGCCUUUCAACAUCUUCCUAUAUCGCUGCUGCUAGAUAUAGGUAUUUCCCAUAGUCUGGGAAACGUAUCAGCGGAGAUUUGAACCGGCAACCUCCAGCUUGCCACUCAAGUCAUUUCACCGCUGUGCCAUUAGAGCCUCUAAAAUGGCCAGAAGUCCCACCCCAAUCCGUCACUCAUUCCUGUCAGCAUCCCACUCGUGGUUAGAGCGGUGCUUAUCUGAAAUCACAAAAACGCCAGCCAUCACGGAUGCGGUGUUUGCCUCUUCGGACAAACCUCGCUCCAACCACAAGUGAGGCACUGACAGAGAGGACUGGCAGGAUGAGGGCCGGGCAGGACUUUCAGCACCAUUUUAGAUGCUCUACUCAUGUAGAGCAUCUUUUCUCUAAUGUCUGAUUGGGGGCGGGGGGGGGGCUAUGGUUUUCUCUAGUUCCUGGUUUCCCUAACUUAUGGGGAAAGGCCAAGCUCUUGUGUCCAAACACCCUAUAGCGCAAAAGACAUUGCCAGCCACUUCUUGAAAAUGCCUGUGAAGUUUCCUGUUGCAUGACACCAUUCUUAUGGAACUGUGCAUGAAUCAGGGAACUGGGGAGUGAUUAUUAUUAUUAUUUAUUCUGUUUGCUGUCCAUUUAAAUCUUGCAUGGCUGUAGAUACGCAACCAUGUUUGCACAAACCAUUGGCCUGUGGACUGUUGCCAACCUCCUGGGCACAGUUAAUAACUAGCAAUGCACUUCCAGCCGAAAUGCAUUGUAAGCAAGCCACCAAAGAGGAAGAGAGCUGGGAAGGCCACUCCAGGAAAUCAUUUAUUUCUUGCCAGCCUUUGUGGAAUUCUAGGAAAUGGGAUUCCUUUGCACAGAAAGGCUGCUGUUUUUAUGGUUGGAUUGUCGGGAGCGAGUCUGUUCUUCAGGCACCAACCACUGACCUACCACAUCAGUCUUCAUCUUAAGUUGCACUUAAACUUUGAUUGUUUUCCAGUGGAAUCAAUAAAGCGAUGCACCCGGCUAUUUCUUACGUAUGCAUUACAUCUGUUCUAGGGAGAAUGAAUGGAGCAAGCACUUUAACUGGUAUCCUGUAUGAUUCAGAGUAACAACUUUGGAUUCCAAUGCCCCAGUGGAAAUAGUAUGGCAUGGAGCAGAAAAUUCAAAUGGUGCCCCCGAGAUUAAAAAUAAUAAUAAAUAAUAUACUUGGCCAUUUUCCCUGCCCAAAAUCUGUCUUCUGAGACAGCUGCCUCACUGCAUUCCAUUGUUAUGGCAGUCGAAGCUGCAAAGGACUAUGUCAGACUCUCUUUCCGGCUCCUGGGAGGCGGAUCUGGGAAAGGGGGAUCUGGCAGUGCAGAUGGGAAAUGCAGGUCACAGUGAGUGCAGUCACCGCAUUCAGACAACACAAAAGUGAACUCUUUAUCAUAGGAGUAGAACAAGAUGUGACUAUGUUAGAAACACAGGUAAGAGUGAGCACACAUGAAGUUGCAACCCUCCUGAAACAAUGGAUGUGUUGUUUGAUUUCACCAGCAAUAAUAGCUCUACAGAUUUCAGAUUUAGAGAACAUUAUAUCUUAUAAAUAAAUAAAUCUAGUCUGGCCCUGAGUCAGCACUUUGGAAGCAAAACUGCCUUGUUCUUAGUUUUUUUUUUAAACCUCAAUAUCUUUAUUUAUCUGCUCUUACUGUGAAUUCAAGCCGAAGUGUACUGAAUCAAAACUGUUAAAUCUUUCGUCACGCGUCGACUGUUGAUGGUUCUUUGAACUAUGUCUGAGAUUUGCAAAAAAACAAAAAAGGAAGGGGGAAAAAAAACCCAACACACACACACAAUUAUUAAGAAAAAAACCUUUUCAACAUGAACUUGCUAAUGUUUGGGGUAUGUCUCCUCUCCAGCUCUUGCAUUCAAACAUUGUUCUAUUGACUUUGCCUCGCUGUGUGUUGUAUUUGGGGUGGGGGGAGUCAUUUUCUUUUUGUAUAGCGGAGAUGUAAUCAUUAAAAAUAAAUUUUAAAAAAUUAAAAUCUGUGGUUUAAGCCUAGGGCACAUUUCACACUCAACUUCUAUUCCCUUGUACAAUUUCAUUGGGUUAUAAAGACGAACAAAAGUUAUUGCCUUUGGGAUUUUUUUUUCCUAACAGUGUACAUAUAUAUCAAUAUAGAAGUAUGUGUAUAUACGUGUGUGUACAUAUAUAUAUAUAAAUACAUUAUACAUGUAUCUAUCUGUCUAUAUCUCCAUCUGACUGUGAAGGAUUUUUAUUCGAGCAAAAAUAAAAAUGGAGAAAGACCCCCUCUUUAAAAAUCUGAA